UACGUUUUUACAUCAUUUCUAAUGGACUGUAUUUAAUUAAUAAUGUUCUCAAAUUCAAACGCGUCGCUCAAUUUUUGCCGCGCUUUUUUUAUGUGUUCCAAUAUAUAGUUAUUUCUGUAAAUCCCUGGCGUUAAUUGGUUUUAUUUUUUUUUAUUUUCCUUAAAAUUGUUUGAACAAAAAACACAAAUCAAGUAAAUAUAAAACCAUGUCAAUUUUUUCAACUCUCAUGUCACGCUUUAAUAAAUUUACAAAUGUAUAUUAUCGACAUAACGGAAUAAAAACCUUAAAUGUACUAUGUAAUUCCACAAUAGACUUGGACUUUUAAGACCCAAUAAUUGAAUAUAUGCUUUAAAUAUAAUUGUGUACCGGUCCCAUUCGAUUUUCUAUGAGAAUUAAUUUAAAAUUAGAAAAUAUUAUUUGUGGUCAAAAACAAUAGUUUACCUACUUUAGAAAUUAAAAAAAUUAUGUUAAUAGUCAAACUGUUAAUGAGCUAGUCUCUCUAGUUUAUAGUUUAUAACAAAUAAAUGUUUAAACUUAACUAAAUACGUGGAGUAGAGUAAUAAUCACCGAGUAAUAUAUCACACAGAAACCAAUUGUACAACGACGUUGUAAAACAACAAUGGACAUUUUCUGCAGCUUAAUAUAUCUUUGGUUGGUUCAGCUAGUUAAUUGUGAUGAGACCAAUCAGCACUACUUGCAAAAUGCCAUUAGGACUUUAAAAAAUUUAAAAACAACUAGGAAUAUCAGGAGAAUUGAUAAACAUUUAACCAAUGAAUAUAAUGGUGGACUUAGCAGAAGUCAUCAGGUCUCCGAUGAGGUACCACCGUUGACGUUGACCAAAGGAGAACUAGCAGCUUUGUACCAGGAGGCUGUUAGGAAGGGAGAAACUUUAAAAUUAGAUACAGGCGAUCACGAAUAUAUACAUGCCGCAGUUCAUCAUCUAGAUAGCGAAGAAUCGAUAAAAGAACCCUUUUAUCACGAAGAAAGCGCAGAAAUUCCAACUGAAGAUUCUGGAUAUUAUUAUUACUAUUACCCCUUAAAAAGCUUCUUCGAUAAAUUAACCCAUCCUACUGAUGCCUCCACUACUUAUCAUAAAUACUUACACCCUCAUAAGGAGCUUACCACAUACAAACCUCCUUUUACAUACCACUCACACCACCAUCAGCAUAACAUAACAAUCAAUCAAGAGACUAGUGCUAUGAAGAAAGAAAAAAAACCAUUGGAACCUCUUUUCAUGGCAAUUUCUGGAUUCGUUGGCAUGGCAGUCAUGGCUUUAGUUUCAAUGGUACUUGUUCCAAAAUUUGGGAUGAAAGGUAACCAAAAGCCAAAAAACGGUAACGAAAAGCUGGAUGAUUUGACGAAGCUCGCAAUAAGGGCUAUCGAAGGUCACUGUGCUGAGAGGUUUGCUUGUGAAUUAACAAAGACCGCUAGGAGCUUUAGCAUUGAGGAUAAUAGGUUUUAUAAAUUACUAAAAAGAAUAGCUCCGGGGACAUUUGGAAGGUAUAUGAGUAACAGUGAAAAAUAUGCAAACAAACAUCUAAAAUGUACAGCGAUUCCCUGUGCUAAGAAGAAACCCCCUCUCAGUAAAAAAACGACAGCCAGUCAGAAGAAAAAGACUAAUUCGAACAAAAGACAUUAAAUAUACCAAAGGUGCAUUACUUAUACUAUUAUUUAUUUAUUUAUUGCAACGUAAAUUAGUAUUUUUGUAAAGAAUAACAUUUU